AUGGGACUCGAAGCUUACGCGCUGGUGAUUUUUUCUUCGCUGGCUCUUCUCGCGGUGGCGGUAGAUGCACAAAACGAUUUCGGCGAAGAAACAAAUGGUCCAAAAGGGGAAAAACUGCCUUGGUUUACUUACGAAAUAAACAAGUAAGUAAAAAUUUCCCUUAUCGCAGUGUAUUCCAACCUGUUUCUUUUUUCUUUUUAAUUUUUUUUCAAUUUUUUUCACCGAACUGAUUUUUUUUUAAUUAGCUAUCUCAUAUAUUCCCUGUCGAAGAAGUCUGAUCAAGAGCCGAACGACAAAAGUGCUGAUUCUGUGAUUGUGGGAAUCGUGGAAAAAAUAUUGAGGGAAUCUGAGAUUCGCGGAGUUGUUAUAAAUUCCAGAAUUCUCAACGUCUUCAGGAAAAAGAUUUCUCUCCUCCAUUCAGCGUUCAAGAAAGCGUCAAAAAGUGGGGGGAAAAGUAUAAAGAAGCCUGUUGAUGCGUGGAAGGCAAAAAACUACUCCUUCAAAAUUUUCUAUCAUGAGCUUGAAAACAACCCAUUGAUUGAGGAAAACCAACAGCUUCGUGGACAGAAAAGGAAAGCUGAACUGGAUUUAGCCGCAGAGCAGGCAAAGCGAUUAAAAAUUGAGCAGGAGCUUGAAGAUGUUAUUAGGGAUUCGCAAAACAGAAAAGAACAAUACAAACAAAAAUUCAAAAGAUUAGCGAAAAAAGCAGCAAGAAUGCAAAAAAAGGGACAAAGAGGUCCAAACAAAAGCAAACGUUUCACUGAUUAUACCAAACAACAUCAGGCAAGAUUAAGGCGAGGAUUUAAAGAAGACUGCCAGUCAGCACUGUCAUUUUUAGGCCUCUACAAUUUUAUUGCCACCAAGGUUGAGGUAUUUAAUAAUGACACUCAACAGUAUGAAACUAUUUCAUUGGUAGAAGAGGGAGAGUUACAACUAUUGGAAACAGAGCCAAGAGAGCUGACUGACAAUGAUAUUGAUGACAUCAAUAUGUGGGUUUACUUGAAGGACAAAUUGAAUAUAUCUAAUGAAGCUUGGCAUGAGUUGGCUGAAGUGUAA